AUGUCUGGUAUCGCUCAAGCCCGGCUAUCGGAAGAAAGGAAGGCGUGGAGGAAGGAUCAUCCUUUCGGAUAUAUCGCUCGACCGAUGAAGAACGCUGAUGGUUCGAUGAACCUGAUGCUCUGGGAGUACGCUAUUCCUGGUAAGAAGGGAACCCCCUGGGAGGGAGGUCUGUACAAGGGACAGAUUAUCUUCAAGGAUGACUAUCCCAGCACUCCACCAAAGGUCAAGUUCGUCCCUCCACUUUUCCAUCCCAACGUCUACCCAUCAGGAACAGUCUGCUUGUCCCUGCUGGAUGAGGAGAAGGAUUGGCGUCCUGCCAUCACCAUCAAACAGAUCCUUCUCGGGAUUCAGGACCUACUGAACGAUCCGAACAUCAAGGAUCCGGCCCAGGCUGAGGCGUACACCUGCUACUGUCAGAACAAGACAGAGUACGAGAAGAGAGUUCGUGCACAAGCUAGGGCCAUGGCCGGAGAAUAA